CCCAUUCGAAAAUCACACGAGUACAGGAGCUCGUGCGUGCAAAUUAAUUGCUUUGAUGCAUUCGUCUCACACCAACGUCACACUCAACCAUGCACUCACCAAACCUCUGAUCCGCGAACGCGUGGAGCGCACGCAUGCACGCAGCAUCUCGCUACGUGUCAUCAUCAAACUUCGUUGACAAUCACUCGACAUUUGCUGCGAAGCCAGCAGCUCAUUCAAAAACGACACACAUACAGUCGCAUGACCCGUGUCGUAACCGCAUCGACAUGCUCUCCACGGCAGCACCAUCAAUGCAAAUCGCAACAGCACCAGGUGAACCCUUCUCAUCAAGCGUCUUCUUUUCGCCACGGUCGUCCACAUCCGCGCAUCCACUGUAUGGCUCCAUCCGGCACCCCAACGACUCGCAGAUCACCACCAUGUGGGCGUUGCCGAUAUGCUUCGCAGUCAUCCUGAUCGCCGGCAAUCUCAAAGGCUUGGCCAUCCUCAUGUAUCCCUUCAAGAUGUGGGCGAAUCUUACCCACGAAAUGUUCCACGUCAUGGCGGCCAUCCUCAGCGGAGGAACAGUUCACUCAAUUGCCAUCGACCCCGAAAGAGGCGCCAUAUCCGGAAUGACUGGCGGCAACCCGGUGUUGACGCUCGCUGCAGGCUAUUUUGGUAGCACUCUUUUUGGCGCAGCGCUGAUCUUUUGCUCUUUCGACAUCAGAGCCAGCAAGAUUGCAUAUCUGGCCACCGUGGCCAUUUGGAUUCCCGUCGCUUGGUUCGGGCUGACAUGGUGCGUGGUGCGUGCAGUGAUGCAUGCUUCUGCAUGGCUCUGGCAGUGGGCAGCCAGCAAUCGUCGGUGUCUCUAGCGCACUGAAAGUGGCUCCGUGCGACGUGGCGGCCCACUCGUCUCUAGGGCGCGCAUCAGGAUAGCAAUCAUCGUUGGUCUGUCCAUCGGUCUUUGGUUUAUCGACCACGCUUCGCCCCUGAGGUUCUACAUCCUCUUUAUGGGCGUACUCAGCGCUUUUUACGUGGUGUGGGAUUGCGUCGACGAGUGAGCGAUGCUUGCACACUACGUUGGCCCCUUGCCAGCUCAUACUCGCUUCGACUUGCCACUCCAGCUUCGUCUUUCGAAAGGCAAACGAUU